UAGAUUAAACACUUGUUCACACAUUCGAAGUUCAAGUAUUUUCGCAUGAUCGUUUUAAAAGGUUAUUGAGAUAUGUUUUGUUUCACUUUCAUUAGAUGUGAGGACGAGCGAAUAUAUUAUUUGGAAUAGGUAUUACAAAGUAGACGGACAGUCAACUUAAUUCAAAAAGAUAAGCAAUCGUAGAUCAUAUCCUCUUCAUCAGAAAUGAGUCGUACAUUUCUUUAUAUGACACAAGUAAUGUUAGUCGUUUACAGUUGCGGUAGAAGCUUUUAUGUUGUUGGCGAAAAUGUUGCCAAUAAUAGCGUGGAUGGAAAGAAUCUUGUUGAUUUUGGAAGGAAAGUUGAUAAACCUAUCUUAAGUCUGCUGGGAACAAUAAUUAUCAACCUGGAAGACAAAUAUCAUAGCUUGAAAGAUAAGUACUCUAAGAUAAGUGACAAACUAUGCCUGUUGCGUACAUGCAAUGACUGGACUGAAUGGUCGCAAUGUGAUACAAGCAUGCAUGGUGGGCAGUUUGGAAUCCAAAAACGAAACAGAAUGUGUGAUGGCAAUACCAAAAUAUGUAAGGGAGGUUCCUCAUCUGAAGUACAGACUGAGUCUACAAUUUGCGAACAAAUGUGUCCAAACCAUUAUAAUAGCACUUAUCGUGGACAUUGUCUGAAGAUGUACUUAAAUCAGAAGAGUAGAAGUGAUGCGGAGAAUACUUGUCGGCUUGAUGGCGGUCAUCUUGUUAAUAUUGACUCCAUGCGAAAGUUCCGUGAUGUAGAGGAAUUACUGCGCGAGCAUUCGGUAAAUUCCUCAGGAUAAUGGAUAGAUGGUAUCCGAUCUGAAGGCAGCCAUGAAUGGAAACAUAAUGUUCAAUCUUUGGAUCCUACAUUUACCUACUGGGAUGUAGCACAAGGCGAACCUCACCUAAGUUCUGGACAACUGUGCAAGGUUUUCUAUUUUGGAAUGACAUCAAAAUUGUGGCGCUGGCAUGAUGGAGGUUGUACAAACAAAUAUAUAUUAUUUGCAUGUGAAAUACUCAGACAAUAAAACUUAACCUGAUUCUUUACCUGUUUCUGUCUGAAAUACACAUGAUACAAUGAAUGUAUAUAACACUAGACCUACGUCAAUUGAAAUAUUAAUCUUGAAAAAUUAUUUCAAGUCCCAUCAUGUCAAAAUGCCUCAGUGGAGACCCUUUAGGACUGUUGUUUGUAUUUUAGUUCUUUUUCAGUUUUUGUUGAUUUGUUUGUGUGUUUACGCCGAUUUUGAACACAUGUUUUAGCCAUAUCUCAGUGUCAUACAACACAAUAAUUUAUUAUAAACUUCAUGACAAUUGGAUUUACACUUUCGUUAAAAAUAUGAACAAUACAACGUAAAAUAGUUUUAAAAUGUGGUAAUUAUAUGCUUCUAUGCACAGAUCAAAGUGCUACUUAUAAAAUUAUAAAAGAAAUAGAUUGUGCUGUUUUAUAAUUUUGUAAAACAAUGAAUUGAGUACAUUUGGUUCAGUAUAUCUGGAAUUCAUGAAUUGCAGUUUUAAAUGCAGUAUUAAAAUGUAUCCAAUGAACCCUUUGAUCAUAUUGCUUACUCACCAACUAGUUUUUCAUGCGCUAAGUAGUGAGAUUGCUUUUUACAUGAAUAUAUUGUAUGUUCUGGCAUUCGGUAUAAAUUUAAAAGUUCGUUAAAUUUUCGAUAUCAGUAAUUUUACUCGGUUUGUGGUUAGAUACUAUUCUUAUUCUCUAGUUUUAAAAGCUGAUAACAUGGAAACACUGUAAACCGUUUUUUAAUGUGUUACCAAUGAAAUACCAUAACACAAUUGUUAAGAUAUCUUCCUAUCGGAACAAAUAAAUCAUCUGCUUUUUG